UGUCCCCAUACCCCCGGCGAUGAAGUCAUCUAAGCCUAUGCGGUCUACCUGGCCGAGCUCCGUGUCGCUGUAUUCGGAGUCGGAACUGUCUUCAGAUGAGUAUACGUCAGAGUGCUCCACUGGUGAGCAAGAAGGGACGAUGGUUUCUGCUGUUGAUAAGGCGGAUGAGGAGGACGAGGGCAUUCAUCAUAGUCGUGACCACUUGAUGAGACCUACGUAUAGGGGUAUAUUACGUUGGUUUCUCGACACUCCUAUUCGAGAUCAUCGCUUACCUUUCCUUGGCAAUGGCGUUCAGUCAUGA